GAGCGGGAGCGGGGUGGUGCUGGUGGUGACCAAGAAUCAAUCUCAUUCGAGAGGUUUGGGGAGGUGCAGCGAGCUAGUAGCUGCCUAGCUAUAUACCAUGUCCGCGUCGUCCCCGGCCUCGGCCGCGCUGGCGGCCACCGUGGCGGCGGCGGCGGCGCUGCUGCUGCUGCUGCUGCUCUGCUGCCCCAAUGUGGCGCGCGCGCAGACGCCGGCGUUCGCGUGCGACGCGUCGAACGCGACGCUGGCGUCGUACGGGUUCUGCAACCGGUCGGCGGCGGCGGCGGCGCGCGCGGCGGACCUGGUGUCGCGGCUGACGCUGGCGGAGAAGGUGGGGUUCCUGGUGGACAAGCAGGCGGCGCUGCCCCGGCUGGGCGUCCCGCUGUACGAGUGGUGGUCGGAGGCGCUGCACGGCGUCUCCUACGUGGGGCCCGGCACCCGGUUCUCGCCGCUGGUGCCCGGGGCCACCAGCUUCCCGCAGCCCAUCCUCACGGCGGCGUCGUUCAACGCCACGCUCUUCCGCGCCAUCGGCGAGAUUUACGGCAGGACAUGGGUACGGCACCAUGGCCUCAGGGUCACGGGGCACGGGCACUUGUGCAGCAGCGCAAGCAGACAAGGGCCACACAUUGGAAAUAUCGGUGGUGUCGAACGAGGCGCGGGCGAUGCACAACGUGGGGCUGGCGGGGCUCACGUUCUGGAGCCCCAACAUCAACAUCUUCCGCGACCCGCGGUGGGGCCGCGGGCAGGAGACCCCCGGCGAGGACCCGCUGCUCACCAGCAAGUACGCCGUCGGCUACGUCACCGGGCUGCAGGGCGCGGUGUCCGGCGCCGGCGCCCUCAAGGUCGCCGCAUGCUGCAAGCACUACACCGCCUACGACGUCGACAACUGGAAGGGCGUCGAGCGCUACACCUUCGACGCCGUGGUGUCGCAGCAGGACCUGGACGACACGUUCCAGCCCCCGUUCAAGAGCUGCGUGGUGGACGGCAACGUGGCCAGCGUCAUGUGCUCCUACAACCAGGUCAACGGGAAGCCCACCUGCGCCGACAAGGACCUCCUGUCCGGAGUCAUCAGAGGGGACUGGAAGCUCAACGGGUACAUCUCGUCAGACUGCGACUCCGUCGACGUGCUGUACAACAACCAGCACUACACCAAAACCCCCGAGGACGCAGCCGCCAUCUCGAUCAAAGCAGGGCUGGACCUCAACUGCGGCACCUUCCUGGCGCAGCACACCGUGGCGGCCGUGCAAGCCGGCAAGCUGUCGGAGUCCGACGUCGACCGGGCCGUCACCAACAACCUCGUCACGCUCAUGCGCCUGGGGUUCUUCGACGGCGACCCGCGGGAGCUGCCGUUCGGCAACCUCGGACCCAGCGACGUGUGCACGCCCUCCAACCAGGAGCUGGCUCGCGAGGCCGCGCGCCAGGGCAUCGUGCUGCUCAAGAACACCGGCAAGCUCCCGCUCUCCGCCACCUCCAUCAAGUCCAUGGCCGUCAUUGGCCCCAAUGCCAACGCCAGCUUCACCAUGAUCGGCAACUACGAAGGCACGCCAUGCAAGUACACGACGCCGCUGCAGGGCCUGGGCGCGAACGUGGCCACCGUGUACCAGCCGGGGUGCACCAACGUGGGGUGCAGCGGCAACAGCCUGCAGCUCGACGCGGCCACCAAGGCCGCGGCCAGCGCUGACGUGACCGUGCUGGUCGUCGGCGCCGACCAGUCCAUCGAGCGCGAGAGCCUGGACCGGACCAGCCUCCUGCUGCCCGGCCAGCAGCCGCAGCUCGUGUCCGCGGUCGCCAACGCGUCCAGCGGCCCGUGCAUCCUCGUCGUCAUGUCGGGCGGGCCCUUCGACAUCUCCUUCGCCAAGUCCAGCGACAAGAUCGCCGCCAUUCUUUGGGUCGGCUACCCCGGCGAAGCCGGCGGCGCCGCCAUCGCCGACGUCCUCUUCGGAUACCACAACCCAAGUGGAAGGUUGCCGGUGACGUGGUACCCCGAGUCGUUCACCAAGGUCCCGAUGACCGACAUGCGCAUGCGGCCGGACCCGUCGACCGGCUACCCCGGCCGGACGUACCGGUUCUACACCGGCGACACGGUGUACGCGUUCGGCGACGGCCUGAGCUACACCAGCUUCGCGCACCACCUGGUGUCGGCGCCCAAGCAGUUGGCCCUGCAGCUCGCGGAGGGCCACGCGUGCCUGACCGAGCAGUGCCCGUCCGUGGAGGCCGAGGGCGCGCACUGCGAGGGCCUGGCGUUCGACGUGCACCUCCGGGUGCGGAACGCGGGCGAGAGGUCCGGCGGGCACACGGUGUUCCUGUUCUCGUCGCCGCCGGCGGUGCACAACGCGCCGGCGAAGCACCUGCUGGGCUUCGAGAAGGUGUCGCUGGAGCCCGGGCAGGCGGGCGUGGUGGCGUUCAAGGUGGACGUGUGCAAGGACCUCAGCGUCGUGGACGAGCUGGGCAACAGGAAGGUGGCGCUCGGCAGCCACACGCUGCACGUCGGGGACCUCAAGCACACGCUCAACUUGGGAGUCUGAUGGCCGAGAGGGGAAUGGCUACCAAGUACCAACGUGAAGGCAGUUGGAAUUUGGAGGGCUGGAUGGGUCGGAGGCAGUCGGAAGAGAAGGUUGUCAGAAUUGGUUCGGCAGGUGUCUAAUAAAGGCUUCCUGUUGGGAAAGAAUUGGAUCCACGGGCAGCUUUUUAGUCAUUUGUUUGGAGGCAUUGGAUUCAUUGGAGGGUCGAUUUGUGAUUGUAAUCACGAUAAAUGUAAUGGAUUGGAAAUUCGGAAGGGGCCAGAUCUCUUUUUCAUACAAAUCACGUGAUUUAGUGUACAAUUCUUUUGCCACUAAAAUUGCGCAGGGUUUGCUGCCCUGAUGCAGAGCUAGUGCAAGUAUUGAUUAUUAAGGCUAGUUAUUUUAA